AUGAUUAUUUCUUUUGGAAAUUACUUUCAUCCGUCUGAACUUCUUUCCUGACUACUGCAAAUGGCACAUAUCACCAGUAUUUUAAUGGUAUGAAGCAUUGCAUGCGUUGUUGCAUAGCACUGUUACCAAAUGACUUGCACAAAUGCUGUUCCAGGUGCCGAGGGCCAGGUCACAAUAACAAAAAUUGUCACCUUUGCAAAAGAGAAAAUAAAGUUCUGUUGCGCUUGGAUAGCAAACAGAUGAACUUGCUUGCAGUUCUGGAAGUAAGGACUGAUCACAGUGAGAGCUGGGCUGGACUGUUUCGACUGAAGAAAGGGAAGCUGUGCAGCUUAAUGUUUGGAUUGUUGAUAAUGAUGCUAGUAAUGGCGUCUUAUAUACUGACUGGAGCCAAACAUGGCCUCUUGCUGAUACUGCCCACAUUCCAUUAUGGAGCUUUUGCUAGCAAUUCAAACUUAAUGGACAGUGAGACUCUCUGUGAUGUGAAAGAUCAUUACCAAACAUCUAAAAUGAAUAUUUCAUAUGCCAAGGAUUAUCCAAGUAUUAAAGUAAUUAUUGACAGUAUUACAUCAAAUAUUGAAUUCAUACCCAGACAUUAUCCACACUUAGAAGAUCUGAAGAAACAAGAGUUACAUAUGUUCUCAAUAAUUCCUAACAAGUUUCUUCCAAACAGCAAGAGUCCUUGUUGGUAUGAAGAAUACAGUGGAAACAUGACCACAGAUCCCUAUGCUACAAACUCCUAUGCAUUGUAUUCCAAACGUUUUCGGGCAGUAUUUGAUUAUCUCAGAAAGGUAUUUUGGAACCAUUUGUACCAUUACAAGGACAAGCACUAUCGGCUGCGCUGUCUUCCCCAUUUCUACAUCAUAGGCCAGCCAAAGUGUGGAACAACAGAUCUUUAUGACAGGCUCAGGUUACAUCCUGAUGUGAGAUUCUCAGCAAUUAAGGAGCCUCACUGGUGGACAAGAAAGCGGUUUGGGAUAAUUCGUCUGAGAGAUGGAUUCCAUGAUCGCUACCCAGUGGAAGACUACCUAGAUCUGUUUGAUUUGGCCGCCCAUCAGAUUCAGAGUGUGCUACAAGGUGAUGCUGCAAAAGACUAUAGCAACAAGAUGAACAACAUCAUUAUUGGAGAAGCCAGUGCAUCAACAAUGUGGGACAACAAUGCUUGGAUUUUCUUCUAUGACAACAGUACAGAUGGAGAGCCUCCAUUUUUAAUACAGGACUUUAUCCAUGCCUUCCAGCCAAAUGCGAAGCUGAUUGUGAUGCUUAGGGAUCCUGUUGAGAGAUUGUAUUCGGACUAUCUCUACUUUGCAAGUGCUAACAAAUCUAUAGAGGACUUCCAUGAAAAAGUGACCGAGUCACUGCAGCUGUUUGAAAACUGCCUGGUGGAUUAUUCCCUGAGAGCUUGUGUAUACAACAACACUCUUAAUAAUGCCAUGCCUGUACGGCUUCAGGUUGGUCUAUAUGUUGUUUUUCUCCUGGACUGGCUCACAGUUUUUAAUAAAGAUCAAUUGCUAGUUCUCCGUUUAGAAGAUCAUGCGUCCAACGUUAAGUAUACUAUGCACAUGGUGUUCCGGUUUUUGGAUCUAGGUGCCCUAAGUGAAAAAGAAGAAGCUCUAAUUACGAAGAGUCCUGCAUCAAACACUAGAAGGCCUGAGGAUCGCAAUCUAGGCCCUAUGUUACCUCUUACAAAGGAAAUUCUAGAAGAUUUUUAUCGGCCAUUCAAUGCAAAACUGGCUCAAGUUCUUUGUGAUGAAGCCUUUUUAUGGAAAAAGCCUUGAUCUGUUCAGUGCCACAAAA